GGAUCUUCACGAUCUGGUUCUCAACCAUGCUUCCAAGGGUGAUGGGUAUGGUUGGUGGACCAUUGUCAACAAGAAGUCCCGAAAGAGGGGGGAUCCGAACUACAUCACGGCGUACCCCUACCUUAGCUCUGACCACAAUUGGAAGACGGAGUGGUUGCUCGUCCGUGUGCCGACGGAUCCGAAGCAUCCCAACUUUUAUCGUCCUCCGAAGUGGUUCGUGGCUCCUGAUCCUGAUAUGAGGGGUGUGGCAGCUCCAGAUCGGAACCAUCGCCACUAUGUGGACCUCCUCCAGUGGUUCUUGGCUCAAGAGGAUAACCACCGACUGCCGUCUAGCUGGCUCCCGAAUCUCAAUUACAUUCUGAGGGAGGACAUUCUUGCUGUUGCCGGUCUCAGCAGGAUUUUUGACAGGGGUAGGUGUCUUUCGGCUGAGACCGUUUUUUCAGUGAGUUUGUCCUCUUUCCUGUUUCGUUUUGCUGACAUGUUUUGUGCUUUGUUUUUGCAGAGUACGGCUUUAGCUGCAUUGAUCCUAAGAAGUUGGGCAUUUCUUUGGAUUUGAAGACUAUUCACGACCCGGCUCCCGAGUACAAGUUCGGAAAAGAUAACCCUCGUAAUCCUCGUCUGAAGGAUUACGUGUUGUCUCCUUUGGGGGUUGCUCGGAUAUCCGAAGUUCGAGCUGAUCCGUGGGAUUCCGCCUCUUCUGUUGAAGCUGUUCCUGUGAAGGUUGUGCUUCCUGAGUUGAAGACAACUUCGGAUCCGGUGAGUGUUCAUUUAUAGGCUCGAUUUUCUGUCUAUCUUUUUCUUUUCGGUUGGCCGUCGGCUAACGUCUUGGUCCUGGACCAUCUUUUUAGGGUCCUGGGACUGACGCUGUGCCGCGUGCCGUUCCUUCGGUUUCAUCUCCGGCUCGGAUAGAUAUCUCUUUAUCUAGGAACCGGGUAUUUCCCGCUUUUUUCUCUAUUUCUUCCUUUUUCUUCUUUUACAUUCGUUGACCCUUGGUCUCCCCUUUUUAGGAUCAACGCAAAAGGAAGGGUAGCACUCUUUUGAGGCCUUCCACGCAUCCGAAGAAAGCGAAGGCUUCUCAGCCCUCGGAGAAGGUAUUUGUUCUGACUUGGAGUUGUUGUAGUUCGUUUCUCCCCUUUUCGGAAACUAAUCUUUGUACGCUUGCUAUGCAGGAAGCGGUUUCGGAAGUCAUGCCUCCUCCUAAGAAUCUUCUUCACUUCAUGCCCUUGCCAGGGCAGAAGUUAAAGAGUGUGGUGGUUGCUGAACCGCCGGCCGUGGAUCAGCCGCUGAUCGAGGAAGAUAUCAUCCCUUCUCCUCUUAAACCAUCUGCUGCUUUGGGGAUCGAAAUCCAGGAUAUCACCGAGGUGAUGGAGGCGAUUGAAGCCGAUUUUGUUCCUGGUUCGGAUGUCCCUGAGGUAGCUGGGGAGAAGAAGGAGUCUGCUGAUCUUCCCUUCGAGAGGGAGAAGAGUCCAGACAAGGAGAUGAUAGAUCUCUCGGGCCCCGAAGCUGCGGUCCCCGAGGUUCAGAAGGAGGUUCCCUCUGCUGGAGAGGAGGAGCAGCCCGAGCAAGGUUUGACGAGGAAGAGGCGCCACUCAACUUUGGGUUCUACUUCUACCUCGGCCCUGGAUAGGCUGAUCCAUGCUGAUCCCUGUUCGGAUGUUCCGCUAAAACGGAUCCCCGAAGAAGUAAGGGAGGCGAUGGCUCGAUAUGCCAGGGCUCCGAUUUUGGGAGAGGACCCCUUGGCUCACGUGGGAUCCUUGGUGGGCCCCGAGGCUGCUCGGGAGAAUCUGCUUCGUGCUAACCCGCAGUGGAGGGUUCCUGGGGCCGAAGAGAGGAAUCCGGCAAUGAUGGCCCAGUACUAUCUGAACGAGGCUGUUUUCUGGUCUUCGUUCGCUUCCGAGUGUAGCUCGGUUGAGGAGAAACAACUGAGGAAAUAUCGUGAGGCUUAUGCUCGUGAUAUUCCCAUUUUGGACCAGAAGGCUGGGCAACUCCUCUCCGAGCUUACGGAACUCAAGCAGCUGUACCUUCACUAUAGUCGCGAGGCUAGAGAGUCUGCUGAGAAGAUCGGGACCGAGGUUGGCCAGCUCAUCUUCCGAGUUGAAGAGGAUGCUGAGAAGAUCGCUUCCUUUGCUGAGGAGAAGAAGGAUAUGGCCGCUAAGUUCGCUAGCGAACUUGAGGAAAAAGAUAGACUCUUCCAGGAGAUGAAGUCUAAAUUUGAAGCGGCCGACAAGGAGCGUAAAGAGGCGGAGUUAAGGCUCCACCAUUUUGUCCAGCAUCGGGAGCUGAUCCAGCAGCAAGCUGAUAAGGUGCCUGUCCUUCGGCUGCAGCUUCGGGAAAAGGAUGACUAUAUUCGGAAGCUGGAGCAGGAGCGAGUCAACCUCUACACUGCUGAUCAGUCCCUUGCUGCUUCUCAUUGA